AUGGGGAACAUGACAAUUAAUGAGUAUUAUAGCAAGUUCAUUGAGUUGAUGAGAUUUGCACCUAAGGUAGUACCAACUGAAGCACUUAAGGCACAGAGGUUUGAGCAAGCGCACCUUUAUGGGACCAAGGGGAGAGAGCUAGAGGGAAACUAUUCCGAGGAAAAGAGGAAGCCUAGUGGGACUUUCAAUGGGAGUGAGAAGAAACCCAAAGUUGAGGGGAACCCGAGUGGGAAUUUCAAUGGGAAAAGGGACAACAAGGGUAAUUUUGAAAGAGGGAAUAGGAACCGAGGGAUUGGAGACAAGCCCAAGAGAACCUAUUUUUGCAAGAGAUGUACGAAGAACCACCCAGGAAGGGAUUGUGAGGGAAACCUAGUGACUUGCCGCUACUGUCAAAAGCUAGGUCACCGUGAGUAUGAGUGUUAUAAGAAGGUCUCUUAUGAGCAGUCAGGUAAACCCCAAGAUGAGAAGAACCAACCCAAGCAAGCUGAGCCCAGUGGAUUCAUUCCUAAGUCAACACCCAACAAUAGUGGAGCCGCUCCCAAAGGUCGUGUGUUCGUGAUGAACAGUCGUGAGGCUGCAACUAGUUCUGAUGUGGUAAUUGGCAAUUUCUUUAUUUGUUCUAUGUCUACUAAAGUCUUGUUUAAUUCAGGGGCGUCUCACUCUUUUAUUUCUAGAAGUUUAGUAGAUAGACUCAAGCUAGAGAGUCCGGUGUUUUUUUCCUUAGAUAUUGCUAUCCCGUCAGGGAAAGUGGUGAGUUGCACUAAGAUGCAUCACGGUGUACCUCUUGUCAUUUCAAAAGUAGAAUUUCCGUCAGACUUAAUCGAGCUUGACUUACAAGAUCUUGAUGUUAUUUUGGGGAUGGACUGGUUAGGCAAGUACAAGGCCCAAAUUGAUUGUGAGGCCCAAAAGGUCACGUUGUUUGGCCCGGGCAAAGUGAGGGUAACCUAUCAAAGGGAGGAAAAGAAAUCGGGGCUAAAGAUCAUAUCUGCUUUGCAACUUAAAAAGUUUGUAGCAAAAGGAAAUCCACUGUAUUUGUGUAGUGUCCAACGGAUAGAAGAAGGAGAUAGAGAUGAUGGGAAAAAUAUUUCAGUAGUAAAUGAAUUUCUCGAUGUCUUUCCUCAAGAGAUUCCAGGGAUGCCGUCAGUGAGAGAUGUAGAAUUUACUAUGGACUUAGUGCCAGGGACAUGA